UAAAGAUCCAAUUGACAAUGAUUUUUGUAGCUAAUGCAACCGAUAACUGUGGCCUCCCAAACUAUGGCUAUGGCUACUGCGAAUUUUUCGUCUCUUGCACCUUUCUCCAAUUCCAAACUCCCCUCCUUUCAUGGCUACCUGAAACCCAUUUCUAGUUCCAACAGCACCAAUCUUUUUAGGGUUUCUAUCGCUUCAAUUGGUUACAGGAAACCCAUUUCCACACAACUCCAAGGAAACAGACUUGUUUCAUUUGGGGUUAAGUGUCAGGCUGCUGGAGAUGAUGGUUUCCUGGAACCUCCUAGGGUUUAUCAAGGAGUUUACGGUCCCUGGUCUGUUGAUUCCACGGACGUCCGUGAGGUGAUUUCAUAUAGGUCGGGAUUAGUGACAGCUGCAACAUCAUUUGUUCUUGUCUCAUCAACUGCUUUCUUGCCUGAUGAUUUCUUUCUGACUGAGUUCUUAGAGCAAAAUAUCGAUAUACUUUACACAUUUGGAGCUACUGGACUAGGGUUGUCAUUGGUUUUGAUUCAUAUUUAUGUAACAGAGAUUAAACGCACCCUUCAGGCAUUGUGGGUUCUUGGUGUUUUUGGGUCAUUUGCAACCAAAAUAUGCCUGGCUCAACCAGCAGAUGAGAGCUUGGUGCAAUAUGUUGUGGACCAUCCAACAGCUAUCUGGUUCAUUGGUCCACUGUUUGCAGCCCUAACUGGGCUUGUAUUCAAAGAAGGACUCUGCUAUGGCAAGUUGGAAGCUGGCAUUCUCACAUUUAUCAUCCCAUCGCUUCUUCUCGGCCACCUGAGUGGUUUAAUGGAUGAUGGGGUAAAAGUGACUCUGCUUGGUGUAUGGAUGGCGCUAUUCGUGAUAUUUGCAGCAAGAAAGUUCACUCAGCCUAUUAAGGAUGAUAUUGGAGACAAAUCUGUGUUUAUUUUUAAAGCUCUACCUGAAGAAGAAAAGGCAGCUUUGAUACAGAAGCUUGAGCAGCAAAAGUUCUCAGAAUCAUGAAUGGGACAUUGGAUGGUGGUUAUGGCCCAAGGUACUGAAGUUGAACUGCAAUUUGCAAGAGAACCAUAAGUAUAUAUCAUUACGAUCAUUACAAAUAUUGUAAUAAUUGAACAUAAUGAGUUGCCUGUAGAAAACAUUUGUAGUUUUGUACCAUUCCAAUGCCAUCCCAAUUCCCAAUAGACAAGCAAGAUAGUGGAUGGUUUGAACCAAUAUGUAAUCAUAACUUUCAUGAUUGUUAGCAAAAUGGCAUUGCAAAUGUGACCUAA